AUGUCUUACAUCGUGAGAUUCUGGGAUCCAUCAGAUUUUUGCUUCCCCUGCCGGACCGUCCCUUGUCCGGACUUCUUAAAGAAGGCUGGAGUCGAAGAAGCAGACUGGACCGAGUUGCUGGGCUCCUUGCGUUCCUGCAGGAGUCUGCGGGAGAACCCCUUAGCCUUAUUCUUCUAUGUUUUGUGUCAUCUACUUUGGCUGGGAGCUGCCAUUCAUGGAGCGAAUCAUCGCAAGAUCGUGGAAGUAAUCAUGCAGGCCGAAGACACCUUCAACCAGAAGUGGUCAAAGAAGCUCGGCCUUUUCGUAUUUGUGGAUUGGCCGAGCGGCGAGUUGGUCUUCCACCCACCCCCUGCAGAAACGGCUGCUCCAGUGAGCGUGGGUGCCAGCCAACCUCCGCAAGAGAAGUCUUGGUACCAAGCCCUGGCCGAGAAAGGCAUGGACGCACUUGAGCAGGCGAAACAUGCAGUGGGCCUUGGGGCAGGCGCAGGAAAUCCUGCUGUAAGCCACAUUCUGAGCUUCCCGGUGCACACCCAGGACGAUGCGGUGUGUGCCCAAGCUUGUUGCCCGAUGAUCGACCGCCGAUUGCUUCCGAUUCCUUACCCGAGUUUCUUGAGUACUGCGGUGGUCGAGAGGUCUGUGUGGGAGCAGUUUGUGGGCGGUAUUGCGAAUGGCAUCAAUCAACAGUGGAGCGUUUGUCGAUGUUCGAGCCUCUUUUCUCUUUACGGUCUUAUGUGGCUGCUUGGCCGGCUAGCCUGUAUCAUGGGCCCAGUCACGCGGAGCGUGCAAGAGUUCAAGGAUAACUUCGAGGAGCAGAUGGCGUGGCAAGUCAGGUUUGAUACGCAAAUGUACCGAUUCCUGUUCCACCCAGCAGUCGUAGACGAAAGCAGCUUCAACCCUCCGAUCGUGAAAGAAGACGAGAUCACGCCGGAUCUUGAGGCCCAAAAGGAUGCUGAACCAGCCCCGAUUGUCGUAGUUGGAGUGAUCAGCAAGCCUGACCAGAUCGCUAUGGACAGCCAGAAGGGCCCGGAGACAAAGGAGCAGGUCGAGGCCGACACCAACUUCACCAACGAAACAAAUGAAACCAACGAAGGCAAUGCGACCAAUGAGUACAGCAACAUCCCUGAGGUCAUAACUCGCAUCUGA